UACAGACAUCAGAGGUCUCACUUGGGUGAGAAGCCGUAUUCCUGUCCUGAGUGCGGGAAAUGUUUUUUACAUAAAUCCCAACUUGUGUCACAUAAGAUCGCUCACACAGGGCAGAAUCUGCAUUCCUGUCCUGAUUGCGGGAAACGUUUUUCACAGAAGUCCAAUCUUUACAGACAUCAGAGGUCUCACUUGGGUAAGAAGACGCAUUCCUGUCCUGAGUGUGGGAAAUAUUUUUUCCAUAAAUCCAAACUUGUGUCACAUCAGAGAUCUCACACAGGGGUGAAUCUGUACUCCUGUCCUGAGUGCGGGAAAUGCUGUUUAAAAAAAUCUGAACUUGUCCGACAUCAGAGAUCUCACACAGGUGAGAAACCAUUUUCCUGUCCUGAGUGCGGGAAAAUUUUUUCAGACAAGUCCAAUCUUUACAGACAUCAGAGAUCUCACACGGGGGAGAAGCCGUAUUCCUGUCCUGAGUGCGGGAAAUGUUUUUUCCAAAAAGCAGAUCUUGUAACACAUGAAAUGUUUCACACUGGGGAGAAGCCCCAUUCCUGUUCUGAGUGCAAGAAAUGUUUUGUUCUAAAAUCAGAACUUCUCCUACAUCAAAGGUCUCACACCGGUGAGAAGCCGUAUUCCUGUCCUGAGUGCGGGAAAUGUUUUUCAGAUAGGUCACAUUUUUACAGACAUCAGAAAUUGCACACAGGUGAGAAGUCCUAUUUGUGUUCUGAGUGUGGGAAAUGUUUUGUACAAAAAUCUAAGCUGAUCACACACCAAAGGUCUCACACAGGGGAGAAGCCAUACUCCUGUGCUCAGUGUGGGAAAUGUUUUUCACAGAAGUCCAGUGUUAACGCACAUCAGAGAUCUCACACAGGUGAGAAGCCAUAUUCCUGUCCUGAGUGCGGGAAAUGUUAUUCAAAGAAGUCCAGUCUUGACAAACAUCAGAGAUUUCACACGGAGAUAAAGCCGUAUUCCUGUCCUGUGUGUGGGAAAGGUUUUUUAUUGAAGUCCAGUCUUUAUAGACAUCAGAGAUCUCACACGGGAGAUCUUCCCCCCGAAGCUACUACUUUCCUGUCCUGAGUGAGGGAAUUGUUACUCAGUGAAGUCCUGUCUUCCUGUACAUCAGGGAUCCCACACAA